AUGCCUAACUCUACCACAGUGAGUGAUUUUCUGCUUGCAAGAUUUUCUGAUGUGUGGGAACUCAGAGUGUUGCACAGUGUACUAUUUCUACUGACCUACUUGGCAACAUUGCUGGGGAACCUUCUCAUUGUCACAGUCACUACCCUGGACCACAGUCUUCACACCCCCAUGUAUUUCUUCCUUAGGUAUCUGUCUAUUGUGGAUAUGUGCUACAUUUCUGUCACGGUACCCAAGGCAUGUGUCAUCUUUCUGCUUGACAGCACAAUAAUCUCUGUGGUUGAAUGUGCAACUCAGAUAUUCCUUGUAGCUUUGUGUGGUUUUUUAGAAUUAACUUUCCUCACUAUCAUGGCCUGGGACCGCUAUUUAGCUAUUUGCCAUCCCCUCCACUAUUUUGAGAUCAUGAACACUCAAGUCUGUAUACACAUGUCUCUGGUCUCUUUACUCAGUGGCCUGGUCUAUUCAGGAUUCCACACAGGCCUCACAUUCUCUCUUCCCUUUUGUCAAUCCAACAUAAUCCAUCAAUUCUUCUGUGAUAUUCCUUCUCUACUCAAGCUCUCCUGCUCUGACACCUUCAUCAAUGAGAUUAUAACUUUUGUCUCUUCAGUCAUAGUUGGAGGUGGCUGCUUUUUCUUCAUUAUCAUGUCCUAUAUUUGCAUACUUACUACUGUCCUCAAGUUUCCAAUCAGAGAACUAAGAAAGGCUUUUUCCACCUGUGUUCCACACAUUCUUGUGGUGACAGUCUUUCUCAGUUCAGGUGCUGCUGUGUACAUGAAGCCAGUCUCCAAUUCACCAACAAUUCAGGACAUGAUCAUUUCUGUGCUCUACUCGGUAGUCCCUCCCUUCCUAAAUCCUGUUAUUUACAGUCUUCGGAACAAGAAGAUAAAGGAGGCUGUAUGGAGAAGUAUUAACAGAUUCACUAUUUAG